AUGGCAGCCGUCUGUAGUGCUAGCGCGUCGACAUCGGCCAAGAUGAAUCCUGCUUCACCCAGCAGACCUCCGGCAUACAAAGGCGCUACCUCUGCCGAAAGCUUUGACGCGUUGCGACAGCCCUUCUCUACAGGCAGUUUUAGGGAAGGCUACCAUGCGGCUUCAGCGCUACCGGAAGUCAGGGGACCUGGUGUUCGGCUACGCCACGUGCUCGCUAACCUGCGUGUGUCGUCAGAACAAGGGCGCCCGGUGCGUCUUGCCUUAGCGGUGGCCCUGGUCGUCGUGGCGGUAUGCGUGCUCCUUGUACUGGCCGUGCCCUGGGCGCUAGCCGAAUCUAACUGGAGUCCGCACGCCAACACGAGCAAUGAACUCCGCAUCUGCGACACCGCCGAUUGCCGCAACCACGAGCACCAGCUCGGUAUGAAUCGAACCCACUACCAGGACCCUUGCGACGACUUCAGCCUGUUUGUUUGCUCCGCUUGGAUCAACCAACGCGCUGACAUCUCCGAAUCUUUCACCGGCGGACAGGUUACAAUGAAAUGGGUCCUGGGGCUCACCCAGGUCUACACGGACAAUACGUCCAAGUUCUUAGAAGACAAGCACCUUCAGAACCGGCCCCGGCAGUUCAUGGCGCUCUGUCUGGACGCCAGGUCAGAUGACCAGCUCGGACUUCGUGCCUUCAAGGAGCUCAUCAGCACCGGCGAACUCGCGUUCCUGUCACCGCAGCGGUACAUCGGCCACGACAGCUACGCGCGCCUUGUCCGACACCUCGUGAUCCUGUCCGGCAAGUGGCUGGUUCCGCUGUGGUUCCGUAUCGAAAUGCUCCCGAUCCGCAACAUUGAGAAUUCCAGGAUCUUCGUAAUUUCGCCCAACCCGCUGGUACUCUCGUAUCGCCGUCUGCACGAAGUCGAGAUAGCCUCGAAGAGUGGCUACAUAGGGUACGUCGAGCUCUACCUGAAGGAGAUAUACGACGACGGAAAGGCAGUCCCGGCGGACUACGUACGGUUCCUCAGGCACCGCAGCGCCACAGUGCAGGCCACAGUGUUCAACAAGCUGAGUGAAGCCGUCGGCAAGUCCUUCAAGCUCGAAACCAUAGUCCGCGGCAGGCUGAACGACCUCAGCAAGUUUCUGCCAAACUGGAGUGCCGUGGACUGGCCGCCGAUCUCUGCUGAAGACCUGGUGCAUGCCGCCAGCCUCACGCACCUGAACGCCAUGACGACUGUGAUGAGAAACGUGAAAGCGCUCGAGCUCCUCUACCACACGUCGUGGUGGUUUGUCCAGCAGAUUGGAAGCCUAACGAGCAACGCCAUCUUCAACUCCUUCGCCACUCGGCAUGAAACCUUCGGUAGGACCAUCCAAAAAAUGAUCUGCGCAUACCAAGUAGGCAUCACGUACAACGUGCUGCUCGAGAUUUUAAACCGGGACAGCUGGAGCCGACCACAGAGGGACGUCAUUUGGAAGGUCCUCGACCCGACUAUUUCGGUCGCGCUGCAGAAGGUGCGCAGCUUGACGCGCAUCAAUGACAUCCAGAGGAAGACCCUAGUCUCGGUAAUAGACGGCAUUGACGCAGUACUCUGGCCUCACGAAACACAGGAAUAUAAGGUAGACAAACUCUACGGCGACGCUGUCAAUAACACCUUCGGCUUCUUUGGACACUGGCUGACUAGCCGCAAGCAGUGGCAAACAGCUUUUGUAUAUUGGUUUGUUCGGUCGUUCAUGUCUCAGGUCUACCGGGUGGACAUAACAGCGCUGUGUCAAUACAACCAGGCACUCCUCAAGACGGCUAUUGCACCUGUGUCGCUAGAUCCACCGUUCUUCUACCACAACGGCACCACUGCGAUGCUGUACGGUGGCCUGGGCUUUUUGUUCGCGCGGUGCCUCUUUUUCGCCCUGGACGUGGUGGCGCAAAUAGCCGACGCGACCAACCGGAACACGCCUGUGGCCGACGAGUCUGGGCACUUGGAAAAGGCGGUGCGCUGCCAGCAGCCUGAGGUUGACCAAGAGACGCUGUACCCCUUCCUGCCGGCGCUGGAGGUGGCGCACGCAGCAUACAAGAAGGCGCUCAACGGCAGCCAGGAUGCGCGGCUGAAAGGAAUGGAACAGUACAGCGGGGAACAAGUGUUCUUCCUGACCAUGUGCCACACUCUCUGCGAAGAGGAUGGCCGAGGAAGCGCCUGGUCACCAGCAUGCAACGCAGCCGCCCGGGAGUUCGAGCCGUUCGCAAAAGCAUUCGGUUGUGAGAGCGGGUCUUCUAUGAACCCGAAGAAGAAGUGCAAUUUUUUCUAGCCCCGACACCACAAUACACCUA